AUGGACAUUCAGAAUGAGAAGCAUCAUGUUUUCAACAUCAGGUUCGCGAAUCUUAUAGGUUUGUAUCAAACGUUGGAUCCCGGAGCAUUAAAAUGUCGAGGUCGAAACGUAUACCAAAUUUUCGUUGCGUUCAUUGCGUUGUACGUGCUAGUCAUAUCGGUGGUGUUGUUCGUCGGCUGUUUGCAUUUAUGGACGUAUAAUACGGCUACGAGCUUACUGGACUUUUUGAUAACAACAAACUCAUUUUACGCGUGCUACAAGAUGUGGAUCGUCAUUUACCGUUCGUGCGACAUAUGGGACUGUCUUUCAAUCACGCGGUACGGUUUUACGUCGUUGAGUAACCGGAAGCGGAACGGACAUGACAUACUGGAUCGUUGGCGAUCGCGUUCAGUCUGGUACACCAGCUUGUUAGCUGGCGCGUAUUUUUUGACGAUGGUAUUUUACGUGGGAUGUCCUCUGGCUUUCGGUGCCGCUGUAAUACCGAUCAAAAAUCACGACGGUUCGAUCGGAAAUUACCGUCUGAACGUUUUAAAUUUGUAUUUUUUUGCAUCUGACGAGACGUACAAUGAAUACUACAAUACGUUUUUCGUCGUCGAGGCGUUGUUCAUUGCCAGUUUAGUAAUAACUUACCUUUUGUUCGAUAUACUUUUGCUGACACUGUGCUUGGGAAUAUGCUGUCAGAUAGAAAUGAUUUGCUCUGCCUUCGAAUCGGUCAACCAUAACUCACCUAGUGAUCUUCAUUCCUCUGCAAUUGAUAACAACGAUGAAAAACACAUUAUAUCCAACGAACAUGAUUUAAUAUAUGAUGAAUUAAUAACAAUUAUAAUAAAUCAUCAAGCAGUUAUUAAGAAAUUUGAAUUAUUUUUAAAAAUAUUUGAACGAGUCAUGUUGUCACAUAUUUUUGUUUCGUCGAUUUCACUCAUCAUACUUUGGUUUAAUUUAAUAAUGAGUUUUUUCAAUGAUGGCACAUUUGCGAUUUCUGGUGAUACGACACUAAAAACGAUUGUGUCAAUUCCUUCAUUCUUGUUUCAAAUAUUUAUGUCAUGUUAUUUAUUUGAUGAUAUACACAACCAAAAAGAUUCAAUAAUAUAUGCAUUGUACAGCAGUAAUUGGACGGAAAUGGAUAUGAAGUCUGAAAAAUUGAUAUUAUUAACAAUGCAAUUAAAUAAUGCUAAUUAG